UAAAAAAUUGGGUUUGUUGUGGACUCUUGAUGUUUGAAACUUGAAGAAGAACAAUGGUGUUUGAAGGAGGGACACGUGCCUGAGUUAUCUAGAAGGUUCUUCAUAAACUCUAGAAGAAUGAAGGACUUGCUUCAAAAAGACUGUGGUAUUAGUAGCGUCUCAACAGCUCCAUCUAUCAGUGUUAGUCCUUGUUGGUGGACUAGCAAAGCAUCACAAAUGCAACAAUUUUCGCCCUUUCAUGGUCCUCAAAAUCCCAAACAAUUCGGUUAUCAUUUGCAAGAUCAGGAUUCCUGUUCAACUCAGUCAACAGGUCAAUCAUGCCCUGAAAUUGCAAAUGAAGGAGAAAGCAAAAUCUUUGGGAAAAGCAACAUGCCUUUUCUAGCAGGAAAUUCUAAAAGUAUUGAAAAGCCUGAUGAAGCUCAAAGUGAAUCAACGUUUUCAAGUCAUGAGCAUGAUUGGGCUUAUCAAGGCAACCACAAACAAUUUGCUUAUGCACCUUUUGCAUACCCUGAUCCUUAUUGUCACGGUUUACUUGCUGCUUAUGGACAACACCCCAUGGUUCAUCCCCAAAUGUUAGGCACCAUAUCCGGUCGAGUGCCACUUCCUCUUGACUAUCAGCAAGAUAAUGAACCAAUAUUUGUCAAUGCAAAACAGUACCAGGCUAUUCUCAGGCGGAGAGAGUACCGUGCAAAGCUGGAGGCUCAGAAUAAACUCGCAAAAGCGCGCAAGCCGUAUCUCCAUGAGUCCCGCCAUCGUCAUGCCCUAAAUAGGGCUAGAGGACCUGGUGGACGCUUUCUCAAUAUGAAGAAGCUUGUUGAAUCUGGAUCCAACUGCUCAAACUGUGAUGAUACCGAACAGCAGCAGCGGUUGAACUACUCUGCUUUCUCGUAAUAUGUUGGUGGGGCCCACAGAGUGUGCUGAAGGUGGUACUUCUGGUGAUGUCCGACCCUAACUCUCAGUCCUCUGGUGGGGGGCAGGGAAAGUAAAAUUGACAUCACCGGUUCAUCUUUGGCCUCUGUUGGUGAGAGGAGUGUGCUAGUGAAAGUGGGAAGUCAUCCUUGGCUAUGUGAGUGUUUCUAGUGAACUAUUGCCUACUACUGAGUCCAAUAUCUUGCGUGUGUGAAAAUCCUAUUUAUCUGGAUGAGUGCCAAUUAACAUUUGCUGCUUUAACUAUUUUGUGUUUGUACUUUCAGUCCUCAGAGAGUUGAUUGGUUUGUACUCUUUUUAAAAGGUCGACAUAUAAACGGUAGUUAUCAA